AUGCGUGUGCUCAAUAGUCAAAUAAUUGAGAGGGGUAGAACUCCUACGAGAGAGGCUCCCAUUCAGCAUGAUUUACGAAUUGCGAAAGGGGAAUCAAAGGCACAACACUCAAGACAAGAGCUCCUCCAACAGGCUGUUAACUACAGGUCCUCAUUAACAAGAUCACUCACACGGCCGUCUCAUGACAAUUCAAAACAGCAGUCUGUUCAUAGACCUGAAUACAAACGAUGGAGCUCAUAUGAAUCACCUGCCCGUUCUAAAGAUAUUAGUCCCUUCACCAUGAUUCAUGAUCAAUAUGAUACAAAGCGCCCAACAAUAACAACAACAACAACCACAUCAACAUCAACAAGUAGCAUCUACUCGACCACAGACAACUCAUUCAAAAAAUUAGAGAACUCUAUACCUCAACCUAACUUUCCCAAACCAAGUCUCUAUGAAAAAAUGACCAAUUUUGCAAGUGACGAUGACAGUCUCAGUGACACAACACAACAGGAAGGGGACGACACCCAAUAUGAAAUUGAGCUGGUUGAAAGUAAAGAUGGUCAACCCAACUUUGAAGAAGUGAUGCAACUUGCACUUCAAUCAACGGAGAUCAGCACUACUCCCAGACUCAACCGCACACAGCAAAAACAACUAGAUCUAAAGAAUCUAUAUCAAGACGAACAUAGUGGCCAGCUCGAUUUGAAUUAUGAGUGGAAAAUUCAAAACGAAACAAUCGUGUCGCAGUAUACAAUGAUUCGAUUACGUUUUGCAUCUCGUCAAGUGCACCGAAAGCGUAUCGAAUCAAGUAUGGGGGUUUUGGGGUAUAUCAAACGACAUUGCCAACAAGUUAAUUCUGCUCCUGUUUCAAUUGGUAAAAAUGAACUUGUACUUCGACAAAUUUGGGAUGACGCAAAUACAAUAUUUCAAAAGGAAUAG